AUGCCUGUUUCUCGAUCAGCCAGCAAGUCGUUAGACUGCACACUGAAAGCCGCCAUCUGCUUCGACAUUUCCCGCAUCACACGGACCGCUUAUCUUGGAUCUGAUGCAGCCGCACGACGAUUCUACAAGGACAAGGCCUGCGCAUACCUCGACACAUACGGCUUCCGAACACCCAACCGCAUGAUGCUGAUACUUUCCCGCUCUGACGCAACCGGAACAGUACUCCAUUGCACAUGGAAGGCUGAAGACGACGAUGAGGAAGAGGCGCUGCAGGCAGCCAUGAACGACUUUGAGUCGGCUCCUCCGGAUCCCAAGUUCCGCAACGAGCACCACAUACUCUCCGUCGAAUUCGUCUCGAUGGUGCCCUACGCGUCCACAGCGUAUAAUGCGGACUCGGCCGAACUCCCCGGCGACAGCGCGACGCAGGCCGCCUUCGCCAACACGUCUGCAGCUCGUGGGAAACAGCCGGCUUCCGUAGACCUGGGCGACGAAGACCUCUCCACUCCGGCCUCUCCUGAGAUCUCUUCCGUCGAGAAAGCUGCGGCGACGCGUCUCUUUUACUCUUCUCCCGUUCUCUCCGACUCGGACCUUGCUUCUGAGGCUUCCCACGGUGUUUGGACGCAGACCCCAAGACAAGAUAGCCAAGACGACGACUCAUCGCAGAGUGCCGCCCAGGACCAGCCCACCGCCGGGAGCUCAAGCUCAAGUUCUAGUCGCUUCGUCCGAACGCAGAAACAAGGCCGCCCUGUCGAUGUCUCUGCAUCCCCUCAGAAGAUCGUCGUCUCCGAUAACUCUACGGUUGACAGAUUCGCAUCGCCAGAGAACGAGGUCUGGGGUUCGCCGAGGAUCCUCCUUGGGCCCGCUACGCUAGCCACCGAAGAUUCUGGCCGACCUCUGGCAAGCUCAGGUUCUGCACUGUCCCUUUCUGGCAGCCUAUUUCCUGGUCUAUUCGAUCUCGAUGUCGACGCUAUGUUCUCUGCUCCUCUGCCUCUUUGGGCGACUGUGGCUGCUCCCUCCCGGUCCACGCCCAUCGGCCAACAGGAUGAGCAAGCGAGGGCUGAACCGGACGACCAAGCUGAGCAGGGCUCCACUAGCGCUCUUGCGUCUGAAGUCGAGGUCGAACACGACGUCAACGCCACGGAGGCGGCCCUCGAGUCGGCGAUCAGCAAGGUCCAGACUGUCCUCGCAGAACGCAAAUCGGAGAUCCAGCGUUUGCGUGAACAGGUGGAGGAGGCCCGAUUGGCACGACGCAUCCAGUCACCGCUUGACAGGCAGACCACUCAGCUUCGGUCUCGGAUCGCAGAUCGGCGCCGGCGCUGCGCGCUGCUCAUGCAGGAGCUGAGGAGGUUGCGUCCAGAUAAGUACAAUCCCCGACGUUCACGCUCGGCUACCAACUAGUCUACGCAAGUCGCGAACCGGGCACGACGUCGUCGCGGGCCGUCGAACGCGUGCUCAGUAGGACACAGCACAUACUAUUCAUUCUGGCAUUUCUCGGACGAUGUAUUUUGUGGAUUUGUAUGACCUUUUGCGAUGUACUUGGGGGUCGGGUGGGACGCAGCGG